AUGUCUCUAUUAUCCUUUAAAGACAAGGUCGUGAUCAUCACCGGUGCCGGUGGUGGUUUGGGUAAGCAAUACUCGUUAGAAUUCGCAAAGAGAGGCGCCAAGGUUGUUGUCAACGACUUGGGUGGUUCUCUUAGCGGUCAGGGAGGAAACUCUAAGGCUGCUGAUGUCGUUGUUGACGAAAUCAGAAAGGCUGGAGGUAUUGCUGUGGCCGACUACAACAAUGUGCUUGAUGGUGACAAGAUUGUUGAAACCGCUGUCAAGAACUUUGGUACCGUCCACGUUGUCAUUAACAACGCCGGUAUCUUGAGAGACGCCUCGUUCAAGAAGAUGCAAGAGAAGGACUUCCAACUUGUCCUUGAUGUCCAUCUCAAUGGUGCCUUCAAGGUGACCCAGGCUGCUUGGCCAUACUUCAGAAAGCAGAACUACGGUAGAAUCGUCAACACUGCUUCCCCAGCUGGUUUGUACGGUAACUUUGGCCAAACCAACUACUCUGCUGCCAAGGCUGGUUUACUUGGUUUCGCUGAGACAUUGGCUAAGGAAGGUGGCAAGUACAACAUUCUUGCCAACACCAUUGCUCCAUUGGCCCGUUCAAGAAUGACCGAAUCUAUCAUGCCUCCAUCUAUCUUGGAAAAGAUGAGUCCAGAAAAGGUCGCUCCUAUUGUGCUCUACUUGGCUUCCCAGAACAACGAGAUUACUGGACAAACUUUUGAAAUUGCUGCUGGCUUUUACUCUCAAAUUAGAUGGGAAAGAUCUGGUGGUGUUCUCUUCAAGCCAGACCAAUCUUUUACUGCCGAAUCUGUGGCUAAGAGAUUUGACGAAAUCUUGAACUUUGAUGAUUCCAAGAAGCCAGAGCUCUUAAAGAAUCAACACCCUAACUUGUUGAACGAUUACCUCAGUUUGACGGAAGCUGCUAGAGCAUUGCCUCCUAAUGAUAACAGCGGAGCUCCUACCGUUUCAUUGAAGGGUAGAGUCGUAUUGAUCACAGGUGCCGGUGCCGGUUUGGGCAAAGAGUAUGCCAAGUGGUACGCCAGGUACGGUGCCAAGGUCGUGGUUAAUGACUUUAAAGACGCUUCCAAGACUGUGGAAGAGAUUAAGGCUGCUGGUGGUGAAGCCCAUGUAGACCACCAUGAUGUUGCUACCCAGGCCGAGGCUAUCAUCAAGAAUGUCAUUGACAAAUACGGAACCAUUGACAUCUUGGUUAACAACGCUGGUAUAUUGAGAGACAGAUCUUUCGCCAAGAUGAGCUACGAUGAAUGGAUUCAAGUUCAGAAGGUCCACUUGUUAGGUACUUUCAACUUGACUAGAUUGGCCUGGCCAUACUUCUCUGAGAAGAAGUUCGGUAGAGUCAUCAACAUCACCUCUACCUCUGGUAUCUAUGGUAACUUCGGACAAGCAAACUACUCUUCGGCCAAGGCUGCUAUCUUGGGUUUGACAAAAACCAUUGCCAUCGAAGGUGCCAAGUCCAACAUUAAGGUUAACGUUGUUGCUCCUCAUGCUGAAACUGCUAUGACCUUGACUAUUUUCAGAGAAGAAGACAAGAACUUGUACCACCCAGAUGCUGUCGCUCCUUUGUUGGUCUAUUUGGCUAGUGAAGAUGUUCCAGUUACCGGUGAAAUCUUUGAAAUCGGUGGAGGCUGGAUCGGUAACACCAGAUGGCAGAGAUCUAAGGGUGUUGUAGCUAAAACUGAUGCAGACGUGACUGCUGAAUUCGUCAAUGCUCACAUUGAAGAAAUCAUCGACUUCGAAUCGGGCUCCACCAACCCAAAGAGCACCACCGAGUCUUCUAUGGAGAUCUUGUCUGCUAUUGGUGGCGACGACGAUGAAGAUGAAGAUGAGGAAGAAGAAGAAGAUGAGGACGAUGACGAUGACAUUGUGGACCCUGUCUGGCACUACAAUGACAGAGACGUCAUUCUCUAUAACAUCGCGCUUGGUGCAACUGCUAAAGAGUUGAAGUACGUCUACGAAAACGACGCCGACUUCCAGGUCAUUCCAACCUUUGGUCACUUGGCUACGUUCAAUUCUGGCCAAUCUCAGCUUACGUUCGCAAGAUUGUUGAAGAAUUUCAACCCUAUGCUUUUGUUGCAUGGUGAACACUACAUCAAGCUUCAUAAGUUCCCUGUCCCAGUUGAAGCUUCCAUCAAGACUACCUUCCAACCUAUCAACAUUACCCAGAAGGGCACCAACACCGUCGUUGUACAUGGUUCUAAGUCUACUGAUGCCACCACCGGUGAAGUUGUGUUUGAAAACGAGGCCACAUUCUUUAUCAGAAAGUGUGAAGGUAAGAAUAAGACCUAUGCUGAAAGACGUAAAUUUGCAACUCUUCCUUUCACUGCUCCAACCUCUGCUCCUGACUUUGUCACUGAAAUUAAGAUCUCAGAAGACAAGGCAUCUUUGUACAGAUUGACAGGUGACAGAAACCCAUUGCACAUUGACCCUAACUUUGCCAAGGGUGCCAAGUUCGACAGACCUAUUUUGCACGGUAUGGCUACCUACGGUUUGUCUGCAAAGGUUUUGUUGGACAAGUUUGGUCCUUUUGAUGAAAUCAAGGCAAGAUUUACUGGAAUUGUUUUCCCUGGUGAAACUUUGAAGGUUUUGGCAUGGAAGCAAGGUGAUGUGGUUAUUUUCCAAUCUCACGUUGUCGAAAGAGGUACCAUCGCUAUCAACAACGCUGCUAUCAAGUUAAUCAACAAUACUGCCAACCUUUAG